UUUUACUUGUUUUUCGUUGAUUGGUGCAUUUUGCGGCAAUUUUAUGAAAAUUAGGUUUAACUUUGUUUUUAAAUUAAUUUUGUUAAAUUUGUAAAUUAAAACUUUAAUAUUGAGAUUUUUGUGAUAAUUAAGUUCAAGAGAUAUGUGGCCUAGAUUUGGUGUAAAAAUAUCAAACAGCACUUUUUGCAUUGCCUAUGCUAAGGAGGAUGGUAAAAUAGAAGUGAUAGCUAAUAAGCAAGGGGAUCGCGUAAGCCCCGCUUGCUUAUUUUGCGAAGAAUCUGAGAUUGAAGUGGGUGUUACGGCAAAACAAAAAAUGUCAGCUAAACCAGGAGUAGGCAUUACUAAUAAUCUUCUUUUAUUUGGGCCUGAGUUGGAAGAUGAAGAAAUCGAAAGAGCUUUAAAACUAAUACCGUGCAAAUUUAAUAAUGAAGUGAAGGAAUAUGAGCUUAUCAAACAAGGUGAAACGAAACCACACAAAACCUUAUCACCGUACGAAGUUUGUGUGGAGUUUUUUAAGGCUACUUUUGAACUAGCUAGACAAUGUCAUUUACAUGAAGAACAUCCUAGUGUUGUAUUGUCAAUACCAGAAUAUUACCCACAUAGAAACUGGAAAAUUUUGUCUGAAGCUGCGGACGAAGCUGGAUUUCACGUUGCUCAAAUUAUUACAGAACCAACUGCUGCUGUCUUAGCGUAUGAAAUGGCAGAGGAUGAGAAGCUUUCUUCUAAAAUAGUUCUUUAUAUAAAAACUGGAGGACUAUGUACAAGUUUGGCUUUAUUUGAAUUGGGAGAUGGAUUUUAUACUGUUCUUAAAACCGUUGGACCUUUUUAUAUCGGAGGAAGUCAAAUUACUUCUGCUUUAGCUGAUUUUAUUUGCAAUGAAUUCUACAAAAAAAAUAAGUUAGAUCCAAAUGAAAGUCGGCGAUCGAAAGCAAAAGUAACAAGUGCAGCUGAAAAUUGUAAACAUAUUUUAACAAGCAUGCCAACAACUCAAGUCUAUAUAGAUUCGCUUAUGGAUGGUGUCGAUUUCAACAUGCAAUUGACAAGAGCUAGAUACGAAAGUAUUAUGCAACCAUUUUUAAAUGAUUAUUCUUCAACAUUAACAAGUGCUCUUAAGGAAGUAAAUGAAGAUAAUCGUAAAAUUGAUGAAAUUAUUUUAGCUGGAGCUACACUGAAAAUACCAAAAAUACAAUCAUUAAUUAAUUCUUUGAUUCCUGAUGCAAACGUAAAUACUAAAUUUGCGCCCGAUGAAGUUGUCGCUAUUGGCUGUGCACGACAAUCGUUAUUCAUUCAUCCAGAUCAUCUUGAUUUAGAAAAUACGGAAGAAAUUUAUAUUGUACCAGAAAAUAUUUAUAUAUGGCACAAUGAUACAACAAAAGUUGUAGAAAAUGGUAUUGAUAAAAAAUCUAAUAAAUUAAAUGAGAAAGAUAUUUUAUGCGAAAAAGGAAUGACUGUACCAAACGUAUUUAGAAUUUUUGUAACUGAAAGUAAUCCUUUGCCAUCUACAGUAGAAAAUAAUGCUGUUACCUUUAGUAUACAAUGUGGUGAAUUUAUGAAGGACAUACAAGUAAAUGAUUUAAAAUCUAAAGAUGGUAAAUUUCAUCUUGAAAUUAGUAUUGAGCUUAAUGAUGAACAUAUAAAACAUCCUGUUAUUAAUAUUAAACCAGCUGAUGUUGAAUCAAAAGAAGAACAAAUAAAAAAAUAGUAUACAUUGUAAAAUAUUAGUUGAAAAAUGCAUUAUAAUGUUAAAGUAAUUUUAAUUUUAUUAAAUUAUCAAAUAGACAAACAAUAAU